GUAGUUUUCCAAUCUUCAUUUGCGGUGUGCAACGAUUUCGAGGAAACUUCCUAGGGAUAGUCUAGUCUAUAUUUCAAUAGUUGUCGUGUGUGGCCAUGUUAUCUUACAUGGGCCAAAAUUUUGCUACGGAUAGUCUUCUAGUCUAGUAGAGUAUAUUUCAAUACUUGUCUGCGUGUUCAUGUUAUCUCGGGCCGAUAAGGAUUAUCUCUCUCGAGUUUAUAGUUUUUUUAAAGAUUUUUUUAAAAUCCGAUCAACUUAAUGGUGCACUCGGUAUUUGAUUUCUGUGACGGCGGUUAUUUGAAUGAAAAUGGCAGAUCGGAAUACUUGUUUUGUUAAGAAUCGUGUCCAACCGCAUCUCGUUGAUCUUUGAUUCUGAUUACUAACCUUACUUUUUACUGAAACGUAACCUCACUUUUUGUUACGAGGGGUGUGGGGAAAAAGGGUUCUUAAAAACUGAUUAAGCUAUUUUAUAGAUUCAGCAUGACUUUUAAAAUACCACUACAUCGUGUAUCAAAAUUGUUUCAACCCAUAAUAAACAUUUCAAAAACAUCAAAUCUACCAAUGCAAGAUGUUACCUCAAAAAGUCAAAAGCUAAUGCUAGAAUUGGGUAUCAUUCAUCAAGCGACCCCAGGAUGUUUUCAUUUUUUUGCCAUUGGGGCUUAAAGCCUUGGAUAAGCUUAUAAAAAUAGUAGACAGCGAGAUGCAAACAAUAGGUGGACAAAAGAUGCUUUUCUCUGAACUCACUAACAGUCGACUUUGGAAAAUGAGUGGUAGGCUGAAAGAUGCAGGUCCAGAACUGUUCACGCUGAAAGAUCGACAUAACCAUCACUAUAUCUUAAGUCCUACCUAUGAAGAAGUUGCUAGUGAUCUGCUAUCACUAAAUCCUCCAAUCUCUUACAAGCAUUUUCCUUUGAAAGUAUAUCAAAUUUCAAGUAAGUUCAGAGAUGAAAUGAAACCGAGAUAUGGACUGAUGAGAGGUAGAGAAUUUUUGAUGAAAGAUAUGUACAGUUUUGACAUUGAUGAAACUAGCGCAAAGGAUACAUACAAUGAGAUUUGUACUAGCUAUGAUAAGAUAUUCGAUAGGAUAGGAAUUGACUAUGUAAAAGUUUUAGGCGAUUCAGGAAGCAUUGGUGGAAAUCUGUCACAUGAAUACCAAUUCAAAGCACCUAUAGGAGAAGACUGUAUCAUCACUUGUAAUAAAUGUAAUUUUUCUGCUAACUCUGAGGUUUGCCAUGAAAAGAAAUGCCCAAACUGUGGUGAGCAAGAGAAUGUGUUAGUCCAAACUGGUAUAGAAGUAGGUCAUACAUUCUUACUAGGUGACAAGUAUUCUAAACCUCUGAAAGCAUUUUAUUUGGGCAAAAAUGCAAAGCCACAGGUUUUGCAAAUGGGCAGCUAUGGUUUAGGACUCAGCAGAAUUUUAGCUGCUUGUGUAGAAUUACUGUCAACUGAGACCGAUAUAGCUUGGCCUGAUGUGUUAGCACCUUAUAAUGUUGCUGUCAUCCCUCCAAAGGCGGGAAGCAAAGAAGAGCAAGUUACAAAAGAUGUUCCUGAAAAUCUAUAUAAACUUCUCGAGGAUAGUAUACCACAGCUUAAAGAUAACGUAUUGUUAGACGACCGGCUGUCAUUGACAAUUGGCAGGCGAUAUUUAGAUGCAAAAAGGACAGGUUACCGUUAUAUAGUGGUUAUAAAUGAAAAAAGUAGUGGUGAAAAACCAACGUUUGAAAUGAACGAUACUAAAGAGACUGACAGGUUAUACUUAAGUCAAGAGGAACUGAUUGAAUACGUUAAGCAAAAUACGAAGUUUUAAUCAAUAAAGAGUUAAAACAAUUAUA